AUGGGUCUGGAGACGGCGUACACGCACCGCACCGACAUCAUCAUGGUGGGAGGGAGAGGGACCGCCUGUCUCGUGACGGGGGACAAGGGAAGGAGUGAUAGGGGUCGGAUCGGGGGCAGGGCAAUGGGGAAACGAGUGGACGUGCUCCUCACGCACGAUCCAGCGCGAAACCACGGCAACAGUAACGUCACCAAAGGUAACACGCUUUCGCGGACGGAGAGGAGGACAGGUCUUAGGCGGUCCGAAAUUGGCCCAAUGGACCGCAAUCUUCUCACCUCGAGCGAUUGCAGCAAUGCGCUCAUCGACCAUGGGGCUGGAAGGGGCGGCAGAACACGAGACAGAGCGAGAGACAGGCAAAGGCAGCGUAGUCAAAGCAAAGAGAAGCGCUGGGAUGGGGAAAAGUGA